CCCUCCUUGGUGAAGAACUAAUCGUUCACGAUGGUAAGGACUAUUUUCUUGAUCGCCUUUUGUGUUUUUGUUUGCAACACAUUUAGUCGUGUUCAAACCAAGGUUCAAACUGCUGGUGCAUGCAAGACUCAUGCAGAUUGUAAAGUUAACUGGGCUUACAAGUAUUGCUGCGGUGGUGAUUCAAAUAGCAUUGACCGUACGACGCGAAUGUGCGGCUUUUCUUAUUGUCUAGAUAAAUAUUGUAAAACUAAAAGCCAUUGUGGUGAUCCGACGUUAUGUUGCCACUCAAAUAUAUGUGUUGAUCGUGGUUGUUCUGGCUGUGCUUCGGACUCGGACUGUAACUCUGGUCAUGUAUGUUGUAAGAAGAGUUUUCCCUUCAAUGAAGCUUUCUGUGCUAAGGAUUGUGUUGGGCAACAGUGUAACGACAACGAUGACUGCGCUGUGGGAAUCGAAUGCUGUCGUGAUGGAAAGUGUGUUAACACACAGUCACAGGAGUGUUUCAAACAGUGUAUAUCAAAUUCUGAAUGUGAUUCGGGAAAGUAUUGUUGUAAGAACAAAAGUGUAUGGUCAUUUUGGCAAGAUCGUUGCAAUGAAACUUGCGUUGGUGAGGAUUGUAUCUCAGAUGAUGACUGUGGUCCUGCUAAUGAAUGCUGUAACGCUGGGAAAUGUGCUAAAGAUGGUUGCGAAUGGCGAGAAACCGAACAAAACUACAAAGCUUCAUCUCCACGACGGCACAUUGCUGUUAUGUAUAUAGUCAUCGCUGCAUUACUUAUUGCUAUUGGCGCACCAAUGGCCUUAUUUUGGCCGGGUUAUAAACGAAAACGAGCAAGCAACACAACGCAAGACGACAAAGAAUCUUUGCAAAACAUCCAAAGUAGAGGAACAGCAAUAUUGAAUGCACAACCUAAUAUUCAGUUUACUGACUUUAAUUGUGAUCCUAUACAACCGCAAGGAAUUGCGUUUAGUCUUGAUCCUUCCUCAAACCACCCGCAGCAAAACAAGCACAAUCCUGUGUCUCCAAACCCUGCCUCAAGUAACAACGACGAAUACGUAGACCCUCUUAACAGCUCUAGUGAUGAAGCCAAGGACCUUGAUGCUGCCCUCAUAGUCGGUUAAAAUAGUGAAACAGUACCUUUUGAAUAAUUAUUUAUGUUUUAAAGUUUUUACUUCAUAUGAUGUAAACGUGUGUGAAGUUAUGUAAGUGUAAGUUCAAUAUCACUUUCAAGCCCUGAUCAAACGAGGAUGUGAGUUGAUGAGAGUUGAUGAGAGUUGAUGAGAGUUGAUAAUAGUUGAUGAGAGUUGGUAGUCACACGAGUUUUUAGCUUGUGAAUGCGGAGUUGUUUCAAGGGAUCGACUUUUCAAGCUCUGGAUUAACAAAAUAAUUGGUUUGAUGAGUGCUGCAAAUAAGUUUUAAGUUAAAUAAAAU